CUUUCAAAUAUUUUAUUUUUUAUUCUACUUUUUAAAAUAAAUCCUCCAAAAUGAAUGCGUCGGAUGAGCAACUCCUGGCUGAUCUAAGUAAGAUGGAGAGCAAGCGCAAGACGGCGAUUGUGUUUGAACAAAUCAAACUGGAUCAAAUAAACAGUACUAGAAAUGAGAUUUAUCAAAGAAAUGGUAUGGAAUAUCAACCCGCUGAAGUGGACAAGGAGAACAGGACACCGCAAAGCACCAGAGAGCCUAUACCUGAAAUAAAUAUAAUUGAAAUACCAAAAGACCGGCCAAACCCGAGUAUUCAGAGGUUUAGGCAGGCUCAGGAAAUAGCCAUAAGAAUUAAGAACAACAAUUGGAAGACGCCGCCAAUAAGACCAGAUCAGUGCAAAAAGUGCCGGGCAACUGUAAGGGAAAGGGAUUCCCAUGAUUGCAAAAUUGAAAAGUGCUCUCUGGGAUGUGCAUGUGGUUUCCUAGCCAAAAACAUGGCAUCCCUAAAUGCCCACAGUUUUCACUGCGCUAAAAAGAAUCGCGAUUUGGCCACGUAUGUGGCCCAACUCGAUCCUCUGGCAAUUUAGAUUGAUCCACCGAACGACAUCUGAGUAGAUUUAAACCAAGAUGUGCCUGUUAUGCAGUCGAAAUUUGUUAUUUAGUUUAAUUUAUAUCACCAUGCUUGAAAUGCAAUAGGAUACCCUCAUCUGUUUAAAAUAUAUUUUAAAUUCAUUAAUUUAUUUAAGUAAGGCUUUAUCAUGAAAAAUGUUUAAACUUGGAGUUACAUUUUAAUUUGAUUGUUCGCCACAAUAACGAAAAGUUAAGGCUUAAAAUUCUUUAAAAAUAUGUGUAUUAAAUAAAUGAUUUUAAGAUCUCAAAGA